AUGGCGCUGAUGCGGGCGAUGGAGACGAGACCAAAUACCCGUCUUCUCUGGAUCGUGGAGCCUCGCCAGGUGUCCUUUGGCCUGAGUCCGACAAAGGAGCAACAAGACAAGUGCGAAGAAGUUGUAAAAAAACACUUUCCUACGCGCGGGAAUCCUUGGAAAAUUCUUUUUGGUGGUCUUCUGAGCGAGAGCGACCUCAACGGCAUUGAGGAGCUUACUCCAAUUGGCGGUUGGUCCAAAGCUUCGGUUGAGAUAUUAAUGGACCUCGAGAGCCUCGACGAGAUUGAGAAUCCGGUCAAUCUGAACUUUCACUACAAGGAAGAACUUGCAGCUCGCAGCGUAGACGAGCUCAUGUCAUACCAGGAUAUCAUGAAUGAGCCUUUUGCACAACGAGUCGAGAGCCUCAGAGGGUGGUACAGGAGAUGCAUAGAGCGGGCAGAGACGAGGCCAGAGAAUCAUGGGAGCUCGGUUCGCCCUCUCGACUUCAACUCGCUCCGCGAUGCCAUCCAGACGGCGGGCAGCGUCCGCUUUUUUGGAGGCGCAUCGCUUACAAUCCUCCAGCGAUUCAUUCAAAGAGGUGUUGCCAGUCAUGUGCGGUGCCAUCUUCAAGUGGGGUCCUACGAUCCAUCUGCCAACCUGUUCCCAAACCAGUUUAACAUUUCUCUUAACCCAAAAGCCGCCAGGUUUGUUUUUAAUCAUUUUGCAGAAUUUUCAGAAUUUGCCGUCGUGCCGAGCCACGCAGCACAGAGUACUAAAUACUCAUUGGCGGGCUUAAAGCACGAGGGCGGGCGUUGCUUGGAGAGGAGAGUCCUAGGUUUCAACUGCCGUGAAGACCCCCUGAAGAUUGCCGAGAAGCAAGUCACCAUAGAGAAGGAUUAUCCAAACCAAGCAUGCCCCAUGCCUGAUCUUACUGCAUUCCUGUGUGCACUUAUCCCCAAAUUCAAUGGCGCAACCUUGGGUUAUGCACAGGUCGACGAUGAUAACGGCGCGCUUAUAUUCAGAAGGGAAGGCUCAGGUAUUCCAAUGUACGAUAUAAUGGAUAACAGAACCUUGAAGGAAACCGAGGUUGUUGCUACAUUGUCGUCGUUGGCAGCCGGAAAGGACAUGCCAGAGCUUGUGCUUUAA